AUGUCAGAGAUUCUCACCGUAGACGCUAUUUUGUUUGGGCUCUUGGUUUUUUCUGGGAUUUUGGGAAACAUCUUGGUCAUCCAUGUGGUGUUUCAAUCCGCUUUGGAGAGCCCGUCUCGGAGACUCCCUCCCUCCGACACCAUCUUAGUCCACCUAUCUCUGGCCAACCUGCUCACCUCCCUUUUCCGCACGGUGCCCAUAUUCGUGUCGGACCUGGGCCUGGACGUGUCCCUGUCUGCGGGCUGGUGCAGGCUCUUCAUGCUGCUGUGGGUGUGGUGGCGCGCCGUGGGCUGCUGGGUGACGCUGACCCUCAGCUUCUUCCACUGCGCCACCCUGAGGCGACACCACGUGAGCCUCGGGCCUCUGACGCUGCAGAGGGAGAGGCGGCGGGUGUGGGUGGUCCUGGCACUGGUGUGGGGGGCUAACCUAGCCUUCUCUGUCCCGGCGCUGCUGUACACCACCCAUGUUGAAAGCAACGCCACCGUGGAGCUGAUGGUGAUAAGCUGCACCACGCGGCCUCUGCUGGGCUGCGUCUGGGAGUUCCCCAGCAGCCAGCAGGGCUCGGCCUUCGCCUCCGCCUCCCUCGCGCUCAACGAGGUGCUGCCGUUGGUUCUGAUGGUCUGCACCAACCUGGCAACCCUUCACUCUCUGGCCAAGCACAUCCGGGCCGUCACCGACUCGGGAAGCCACGGGGAGCUGGACAAGCACGUGUCCACUGAGCGCAAGGCCGCCCAUGUGAUCAUGUCGCUGGUGUCGCUCUUCGUGGUGUGCUGGGUUCUGCAGGUGGCCGCGGUGACGUACUACAACCACGACAGGGGACAUCAUGCAGAGGGGCUGCUGACUGUGGCCCACUUCUCUGCUUCGCUCUUUGUGGGGUUCAGUCCCCUCGUGGUGGCUCUGGGACACGGGAAGCUGAGGAGGAAGAUCAAGAGCAUGAUUCUGAUGUGGACCGACGCUCCUCGCGGUCCGGAGAGCCGAAGUGUGAGCGCAUCACCCACGACCAAAGGAAAACAAACCUGCUUCGUAGCUCAAAGGGAGAUUCAGGUCAUAAAGGUGAAAGCCAAGGUUAAAUCGCAGAGAUAA